AUGGAAGGCCCGGAUACCGAUCUCUGGUUCCUGGGCGUUGGAACUUGGCGCCGCUGUGAGUGUGACAGUCUCACAUUCUCACUGCUCACAGCUCAGGCGCUGGCUCGAUGGGUUCGGGUUCAAGGCUCUCAAGCUCCCCAUCCCCAAAGACUCCAACGACUCCCAAGCGACCAAGACUCUCAAAGAGUCUCCGAGCUGGCGGUAGACCCUCGUCCCGUUCGAAUCUCUCCCAAUGAACGACAGCGCUUACCGACCCGCUCGCUCUCCAAGGAACCGCUGUUCAAACGCCCUUGUCUUGUCUUGCCCCUUUUGCUAUCUGUACUCCGAGUUUGCUCUUUUGCCCUUUGCCUCUUGCUACUGAGUACGGCUACUUGGUACUUGCGACUCUUCGCGCUUUGCCUCUCUGGUCAUCAUCUCAUCCCACGCUCCUUGGUUCUUCCUCCUUCUCUUCCCAGAUACACCAACUGGCCACCACAGUCUGACCCCUGA